GACAACACACAGUUGGAGACAGCCCAUCCCGAGUAAGCUCCUGGCCGAAUUACCUCUUGGAAGGCAUGGGGCUUUCCGUGGAAAAGCACGUCUUCCUUUUUUAUUCACUGAUAAUUGUAUUGGCAGGGACACACCAGUUGGUGCGGGCACAGAGCUGUGUGUGGUAUGGCGAAUGCGGCGAUUCCCCAAAUGUCCCCGAAAAGAAGCUCAACUGCAACUACACAGGGCCUGCCAUUCCCCUGCCAGAGGACGGGCACCAACUCCUUAAGGACUUGUGUCCAGGUUUGGACUAUGGCAACAGGGCAGUGUGCUGUGAUGUUCAACAGCUGAAGACACUAAAGGGAAGUCUACAGGUGCCGUCGCAGUUCCUCUCCAGGUGCCCGGCAUGUUACAAGAACCUGAUGAACCUCUUCUGCGAGCUUACGUGCAGUCCAAGACAGAGUGAUUUUCUUAAGGCCACAGCGUUUUCUGAUUACCAAAAUGGGACCCAAAAUGUGCUGACGGUCAGCUACUACAUCGGCCAAUCCUUCGCCAAUGCAAUGUACAACGCUUGUAAGGACGUGCAGGCCCCCUCCAGCAAUGUGAAUGCCCUGUCUAUCCUGUGUGGCAAGACUGCCAGCGAGUGCACCCCCACCAACUGGAUUGAGUACAUGUUUGACAUCAACAAUGGCCAGACACCUUUUGAAAUUGAUCCAAUCUUCUCAGACAACUCCACCGCGGGCAUGCAGCCCAUGAACAACCACACGUGGGGCUGCGACGAGGGCCUGGACGACGGCUCGGGCCCUUGCUCCUGCCAGGACUGCAGCGCCACCUGCGGGCCAAGCCCCGUGCCCCCGCCUCAGCCCCAGCCUUGGCUCAUCUUUGGCAUGGACGCCAUGAACGUCAUCAUGGGCAUCUCCUACACGCUGUUCCUGCUCAUCCUCAUCGCAGCCGUGGUUGGAGUCUGGUGCUAUAGGAAAAAGACAGUUAUGUCAGAGUAUGCCCCCAUCCUUGGCAGCAACGUUGGUCCUUCCCUCGGCAAUGAUGGCAAGGAUUUAUCAUCGGUGGCGUCGAGCUGUGACACGCUGGGCGAGCGCUUCGAGAACUCCCUGCGCGUGGCGUUCACGUGGUGGGGCUCGCUGUGCGCCCGGCGGCCGCUGCCGGUGGUGCUGCUGACCCUGGUGGUGGUGGCGGCCUGCUCGGCUGGCCUCUACAACAUGCAGAUCACCACCGACCCCGUGGAGCUCUGGUCCUCGCCCGCCAGCCAGGCGCGCCGCGACAAGGACUACUUCGACACCCACUUCGGGCCCUUUUUCCGCACCGAGCAGCUCAUCAUCACCACCACCCUGGCGCCCGACGAGCCCUUCUCGCCCACCUCGGGGCCUGACGUGCCCUUCGGGGCCCCGCUACGCAAGGAUGUCUUGCACCAGGUCCUAGACUUGCAAACAGACCUUGAGAACAUUGAGGCGACCUUUGAGGGCGAGAAGGUCACGCUCAAGGACAUCUGCCUGUCCCCGCUCGCUCCCUACAACAGCAACUGCACCAUCCUCAGUGUCCUCAACUACUUCCAGAACAGCCACGAAGUGCUGGAGCACCAGUUCGCGGAUGAGUUCUAUGUGUACGCGGACUACCAUACCCAUUUCCUCUACUGCGUCAGCUCCCCGACCUCCCUGAAUGACAUCAGCAAGCCCCAUGACCCCUGCUUGGGUACCUACGGUGGCCCAGUGUUCCCAUGGCUGAUUUUGGGAGGCUAUGAUGCCACCAACUAUAACAACGCCACAGCACUAGUCAUCACGUUUCCUGUGAACAACUACCACAAUGACUCAAAGAGGCUGGGCAAAGCACUGGCCUGGGAGACAGAGUUCAUCCGGUUCAUCCAGAACUACUCCAACCCCAACCUCACCAUCGCCUACAACUCCGAGCGCAGCAUAGAGGACGAGAUCAACCGCGAGAGCGCCAGUGACAUCACCACCAUAGCCAUCAGCUACGCCAUCAUGUUCCUCUACAUCUCCUUGGCCCUCGGACACAUACAGAGCUGCGGUCGUCUGCUGGUGGACUCCAAGAUCUCUCUGGGCAUUGCCGGCAUCAUGAUCGUGUUGAGCUCGGUCGCCUGCUCACUGGGCAUCUUCAGCUACGCUGGCGUGCCGCUCACCCUCAUCGUUAUUGAGGUCAUCCCCUUCCUCGUUCUCGCGGUCGGCGUUGACAACAUCUUCAUCAUCGUGCAGACUUAUCAGCGAGACAUCCGGUACCAAAAUGAGGAGGUGGACCAGCAGAUUGGCCGGAUACUGGGAGAAGUGGCCCCCAGCAUGCUUCUCUCUUCCUUCUCAGAGACCGUGGCGUUCUUCUUGGGCGCCCUGUCCAACAUGCCGGCGGUGCGCACCUUCUCCCUGUUUGCUGGCCUGGCCAUCCUCAUCGACUUCAUGCUGCAGAUCAGCUGCUUCAUCAGCCUGUUGGCCCUGGAUGUCAAGAGGCAGGAGAGCAAUCGUCUGGACAUCUUGUGUUGCGUGAAGUUGUCAGACCAGCAGGGGGAUCCGAGCGACGGCUUGCUCUUCCGCUUCUUCAAGAAGGUGUACGCUCCGUUCGUACUCAAGGAAUGGGUGCGGCCCCUUGUGGUGGCGUUGUUUGUGGGCAUUCUAUCCUUCAGCAUAGCGUCCGUCAACAAAGUGGAAGUGGGCCUAGAUCAGACCCUCUCCAUGCCUGACGAUUCCUUUGUGCUGGACUACUUCGGCAACCUGACGAAGUACCUGCACACUGGCGCACCUGUGUACUUUGUGGUAGAAGAGGGCUACGACUACCGAACUAGCGAGGGGCAAAACCAAGUGUGCGGCGGCGUGGGCUGCAACAACGACUCUCUGGUGCAGCAGCUCUACAUCGCUUCCCUCAUGAGCAACUACACUAAGAUUGCCUACACGCCGUCCUCCUGGCUCGAUGACUACUUUGACUGGGUGAAGCCACAGUCCAGCUGCUGCAGAUAUUACAACACAUCAGGGGCCUUCUGCAACGCCUCAGUGGUGUCAAGUGAGUGUAUGCCAUGCAGAGACCUGACGCCGAGUGGCAAGGAGAGACCCACUGGCAACGACUUCAUGAGGUUCCUGCCCAUGUUCCUCAUCGACAACCCCAACAUCAACUGUGGCAAAGGUGGGCAUGCGGCGUAUGCCACAGCGGUGGACCUGAUCGGCAACGACACCAACGUGGGCGCCACCUACUUCAUGACGUACCACACCAUCCUCACCAAGUCGCCCGACUUCAUCACCGCCAUGAAAAUGGCCCGCGAGCUGGCCGACAACAUCACGCUCAGCAUGCGGCAGGAGGGCAAGGACUACCGGGUGUUCCCCUACAGCGUCUUCUACGUGUUCUACGAGCAGUACCUGACGAUCGUGUACGACACGGCGCUGAACCUGUGCGCGUCGCUGGCGGCCAUCUUCGUGGUGACGUCGGUGCUGCUGGGCUUCCAGUUCUGGUCGGCGUUCCUGGUGAGCCUCACCAUCGCCAUGAUCCUGGUCAACAUGUUCGGCGUCAUGUGGCUGUGGGGCAUCAGCCUCAACGCCGUCUCCCUCGUCAACUUGGUCAUGAGUUGUGGUAUCUCUGUUGAGUUCUGCAGUCACAUAGUGCGGGCGUUCUCCACCAGCACCAAGGGCUCAAGGGUGGAGAGGGCAGAGGAGGCACUGGCACAUAUGGGCAGCUCGGUGUUCAGUGGCAUCACGCUGACCAAGUUCGGAGGCAUCCUGAUCCUGGCCCUGUCGAAGUCGCAGAUCUUCCAGGUGUUCUACUUCCGUAUGUACCUGGCCAUCGUGUUGCUGGGCGCCACCCACGGCCUCAUCUUCCUACCCGUCCUACUCAGUUAUGCAGGCCCAUCUGUAAAUAAAGCUAAAAUACUUGCCGCAUCCGCACGCGUCACAGGCACAGAGAGAGAAUGGCUCCUAAACUAGCCUGUGUGCAAUAGUUUGUCGCACAAUAUGCGAGACAGAACACUGCAGCAUCCAUCACAGAGUACAAAGCUGAUCGAUGGACACACACACACACACACACACACACACACACACACACACACACACACACACACACACACACACACACACACACACACACACACACACACACACACACACACACACACACACAAUAAGUCAAGUCCUUACCUUGCAAAGCUGCUCAUGUACGGAAGAUCGUGGGACAUCUGACCAUUUUGGGCAUUUGUGUUUUUAUGAACAUUUUCCCCCCUCACCUUCCUACCCUCUUGAUCCCAUGGAGGGGGACUUACUGAAAGCUUCCAUACAGAGACUGUACUGUCCACCAGUUGUUUCCAGAAGUAAAGGAUGCUAUGUGGGCGGAAAGUACCGCAGCUUCCUGUAGGAGACAAACGAUGUCACUAACAUAGUUUUUAACCAACGGUGUUUCUGUUUUGAAAAACGGGAAAUGUAUAUAAGAACUACAAAUAAUAAUCUGUAAUGUUUUUUUUUGUUUCUAUUUAUAUUUUGUUUUAAAUGUUCUGUACAACUGUGUCGUCAGCAAUAGUAAGCAAUAAGAACCCCCUCGUGAUCGAAAAGAUCAUCCAGAAGAUAUCCAAAAAAGAAAAAGUGCAUCCAAGUUUUAAUUUUAAUUCAAGUGUACACUUUGGGGUGUUAUCCAUCUCUGAGCUAGUGCAAGGACUGACACUAUGUCCCCAAGUAAAACCACUGAUAUUAUGUAUUUGAUUUGCUAAACGAUUUCAGGCUUCCAAUGGUUAAUCUUAAUGUGGUACAUGUAUUUUCUUUUUAACUUGUUUUAUGAGUUUUGAUCUUCAUGCAAUUAUGUGCAUUCGCCUAGCAAUUCCAGAUAGGCAAAAUACUCAGUGGCUAUGAAUGUGGUUAUGUAUUGUUUGCUUUUUUGUUAUCAUGGUUACGUUUUGUAAAAAAAAUCCACCAUCUGUUGAACACACGAAAGUCCCAAGGUGGUACUUUGGCAGUGACAAAUCAGAGUACUGGUUCAGUCAGAGACGACUGAGAGGAGGUGAGCAUGAUCCAAUCAAGAUUUGUCCUAAAUAUAAUCUUUGUUCUGCUCCGUCAGAUAUGUUCAUUGCUUCAGUUACUGUAGCAAUUUGGGUCUAGUGUUUUAUGGGAUUUAGGCCUUACUUGACUGUUAAUGUUAAAGUUACGGUAGACCUGAUGGUAAGGCCCACCAGUUAUGGACAAGCCAAGAGUUUGGUUACAGUGGGUUUAUAGUACCUCAGAGCCCAUUGGGUGUGGGAGAGGGUUAUUUUAAUUGCAUUCGGUUUAAAGGUUCUAGCAUGGAAUCAGUCCAGCACCACACUUUGUUUAUGAAAGUGUAAAGUACUGGACACAGAUCCCUGGUCAUGGCUUUAUUUGCAGUUGCUUGUUGAAGCACAGGUCAGUAACCAACAAUGCUGAGCAUUGAGAUAUUACCAAGUAUAAUAUUGUGUAGACAACCAUGUGUGUAAAGCUACUCUCUUAAAACAAACUUAAAAGAUGCAGCAGGAUAGGUUUUCAUUUCUAGAUUUCUAUGACUUUGUUUUGAAAAUAAAAGCUUUUACUAAUUUUUAA